GUGCAAAAUCAAAAACAGGUAAAUAUAUUCUAUGGGCUGGCGGCCGAGAAAAUAGUUGGAUACUGUAAAUAGAAGAAUGCGAGCCAUACGAUAUUUAUGGUAGACGCUUUGUGAAAGGAACUCAUUGUAAAUGCAGAUAAUUUUAUACCUUGUUCUGUGAGACAAUUUUUUCUGUAAUGGCGGUUUUGCACGGCAGCCAUGUUGUAUGGCAGGAACAAUGAAAAUGUUUUGCAUUAGAGAGAACAUUUUUACCCAUAGGAAAAAGAACCUACUGUUCUUGCCACGCAAUAUGGCUGCCGUGCAAAACCUCUAUAAUCAUUGAAAUAAAUGCUCUCUUUAUAAAAUGCUUCAUGAUUUGGUUAAUCGCACAAGUAUAGUCAAGAGUCAUAAUCUCUUGGUAUAAUUUACUCGUAGUAAAACAAUAGCUCUUUUCACGGUGAACUUUUCUCGUUUGUAAAUAAUCCAACAUAUAUGUGAGGCAAUUUCGGGUAACUAUCCACUUUGGAUUAUAUUGCAAUGCAAAUGAGAUAAUAAGGUCUAUUACAAAUACAGGCAAAUAAAAUCCAGCGAAAUUCUCAGACACCGAAGGUAAACUAAGAGGAAUGUAAAUAACUUUGGGCCGGCACACCAAUUAGUUGAAUGGUUUCAGCAGUUAAAAGAAGGCUUUAAAUAACAACUUUUUUUUACCUUGUUUGAAAAUUAAAUAUAGUUCAUUUUGAAAAUUUCUUGGGAGAAGAACCCAUUUCAACGUUUCAACCCAUUCCAAUUCUAAUCUGAAAAAGUAGAAAGUAAAAAGUUAUCUUAAAUUAAAAACAGCUCAGCCUCGUUCUGUGAUUGCAGGUGAAAUCCAAGGUUUGCUAUCUGUUUAUAAGCGUCCCUCUUAAAGUGUUUACCGUUACCGAAUACGGGAUGCUUCAAACACCUUCGGCUGUUGCAUUAUUAAUUUUGUUAUUGAACCCUGGCGUGAAAGCAGACGCUUGUUAGAUUGUCUGGCUUUAAUUAAACGGACUGGUAAAAGAAAAUACCAUUUGUAGCUGUUUCAAUUGUUCACAGGCACGCUAAAUGAAACAGCUGACCUUGUUGUUCGGAAGAAAAAAAGAGAAUUAUUAAAACUGCUGAGAAUCAUGAUUGUCUCUUGCAAAAACCAAAUUUGACCCUACUCGGGUUCAAUAAUUCACCAAAUUCUUCUGAUGAAAAACUGCUAUGAACGAUUUUCUACGAAUGCAUCCAAUACUCGUGUCGCUUGCACUGCAGGAGAUGAAGUGAAGGAGCGCGUCUGUUUGCUGAAUUAGUUGGCUUCAAUUGAUUGAGUGAAUUGCAGACAAAGAAAACACAGGGAAGGUAGCCGGCGCAUCGCGCUCCGCGCUCGUGUUUCGCGCUUCGCGGUCUGCUCUGCUAAUCCGCCUGUUCAGUAGGCUACAGGGAAGAUAGCCAGUUGAAAUAUACCUUAUUAUAACUCUUUGAACCCAGCCGAUUUUAAUUAACUUACAGGCUUACCGCAAAUUUUUCCCUAUCUGCUCAAUACUGAAGAUCCAUACUCGAUUCAAGCUCCUAAACUAAAAUCUCGUCUCUUUUUAACUUACUUGUUUUUCACGCUCUCCCCCAAAUAACCGAACACCUGAAACAGGCUAUACAAGCUACACCUUUGAAGAUAUCUUUCUCGUUUUAUUACUGGAAAAUAAGUCAAUAUCACCGGAACAACAUACCAUACUUUUCAUUGCAAUGAGGUAGCAAGACUGAAAUGAGUUCGACACGUUCGUAAAAUUCCGGGAAUCAGUGGUAAUUUCCCAGAAAGAAUUUCAGUUUCUAAAAAGUUGUCUGUAUGAGGACAUAUGAGUCACUCCAUCGUUUUUAUCAUUUAACGUUAUAUACUGCUUAUUCCUCAAAAUCAGGUGAAAAUGUGCUGGGUUCUGUUUUCAAAACUAUUUCAUUGGACCUUCAAUAAUUUCGUCAAGAUGUGUCCGCCCAGAAGGUUCUGCAUUCACCUAGCUUUCAAUUUACAUACCGUGAAAUAGGAAAAAGGAUUAGGUAUAUGUUAACUUUCGCUUUAAUCGGACAGCCCUAUGAGAAACAAAACAAAGGUGGUAAUAAACAAAAAAUUUCAAUCGACGCCAAAGCUUUCAGAAUUUGAAUAAAGCUGACAGGUGGAAAUUGAAAUGUGGGGAUAACGUUUCUGAAUGAAGGUUUUUUUCUCCCUACUACCGAAAUACCCGACAGGAAAAACAUACAUAAAGAAAGUUGUUUUCCGUCGGAAUGAGUUUAUUUCCUACUCUUUUUUGUCAUUUAUGACUCAUUGAAGAUUUGUGAUUGGUCAAGAAGCUGUUUCCAAUAUUAAAUGAUAACUUAUUUAUAUAUACAUAUGACGGGAACAAAUAUCCAGCCUGCAGUGUAAACAAUACGCCACGUGCCUUUUGUCGGCUUUUGUGUACACGGCCUAGGUGCUUGUUAAUUAGCUUAUUCCGUUCUCGGCAAAAUGAGUUGUUUUCUUUCAAAUUGUUACGAAGCUUUCCGAGUUUCCAUGGAUGCGCGAAACCGCGCGAAAGUCUGGGGGAAAAUCCCUUGCCUGAACUUAGUAUAAGAAGAUGGUAGACAUGCAACGGUGAAGAUGCAUUUAUACAGUCAACAGAGAUGGCGCUGAUUGCAAUAUUUUCCUAUUUAUUCAGUUCUUGUGUGGUGUAUCAAGCAUUCGCGGGAAAAAAUUCAACAGUUAUCAAAGAGGUAUCCAUAGAAAGCAGAUGUGAAAGCACUGGAGGAUUCAAGAGUGUGAAUAUCAUAUGGAAACCACUUCAUAAGGAUUUCUCUAAUUUGACUACUUACAGGGUGUCAUAUUGCACUCGUGGGUCUACUUGUGUUGGGCAGUAUCAGUUAGGUUGUACACUGAACACGUCUGAUUCAUUACAGAAGGAAUUAUUGCAAUGCAGCAUUAUUGCAAAAGAUCUAUUUCCUUUCCAAUUUUAUUUUAAAGUGGAGAUACAAAGUUCAGAUGGAGUUCAUUUUAUAAGCAAAACAAAGGCCUGUCGUCUGCUAACAAAUACUCGUUGCACAAUUCCACAAAACCUAACAGCUACAGCAACUGGAAAAAAAGCUCUUUCUGUGACAUGGAAACCCCCGCUAUUCAUGGGGCAACUAGCCUCAUAUCUCUGUUUUAAAAUACUGUAUGCUCCAGCACAUGCCAAAAAAAAUGAGAUCUUGGAAUUUUCCACCAACACUUUCCACCAUACAAUUUCUGAUCUCUCUCCAUAUACAGCAUACACACUGUAUAUACAGUGUGGCUUUGCUGACUGUGUUGGGGGCUGGGGAUUGUUGAGUAGACCUGUCACUGUAAGGACUAAUGAAGAAGCACCAGCUAAGGCUCCGGAGUUUAGAAAUUGGUCGAUUUCCAAGACAUCACGUGACAAACGUGAUGUGACAGUUGUGUGGAAGUUGCCGCCCCCAAAUACCUGGAAUGGCGUUCCGAACGGGUUUAACCUUGAUUUCUGGCAGCUGUCUUUGGGAGAGAAUGGUUCUUUAACACCAUUACCAAACUCUUCAAGGCACUUGCAUGUUGGCGAUGGUAAUGCGACUAAAGCCACGCUACAAGGUUUAAGCCUCUUUGCGUACUAUCAGACGCAAAUCAGUAUGUGCACAGCUGAAGGAUGUGGACCGAGCAGUGAACCUUUCGCUUUUCCAGGCGAGAGGAAGCCAAGUACAACACCGACUCAUCAGCCCAGUGACAAUAUUGUUUUUAUUUGGGCUGGAAUAGUGGUUGGCCCAAUAGUUUUAGUUGCAGUACCUAUUGGAUUGAUUUGUGCCUGGAGGAACAGGCAAGAUAGGUACGUUGAAUACUUUGACAUAUCAUACAAGUAGGAAACAGUGCAACUGACUAAUGUUAAAUAUGUAACUUUUACGUUUAUCAUCUUUAACUGCGUAGAAAUUGCCAUGGAGUCUUGAGAAAUUAUAUCCUUAUUUGUACCUUAUUUGUAUACCUCUUACUAACCGAGUUCCAAGGCCGUGCUGUAAGUUACGCACCGACUUUUUUCCCCAUCGAAAAAAAAAAACAAAAAACGAGGAUCCGUAACUUAUAGUACGGACCGAGA